UUCUGGCCACAGAAUCCUUCAAGCAGCCUACGAGGGCCAGCGAAAUGUCUUCCUUCGUUUCCCUGGUCUUGUGAUUUUCUGGAUCUUCUGGUUCCGUUCGAAUUUCGAUCCGAUUCUUUGCACUGUCUGGGUACUUCCCAAGCACCACUUUUUCACCAGAGAGGUACAACAGAAAGAAGAAAGAAAGUAAUAAAGGACCUAAUAAAAGGCAAGUCACACCGGGAUUACACAAUAGAAUCCCUAUGUAAUUCGCGAUUACACAGUCAGAUAAGCGAGCGUGACAAACAGUAGAUGGGUGCAUCGGGCGGGGCGGGUCGAGCGCCGCGCUCAGAGGGAGUCCCGCCGCCGCCACGAAGAGUGCGCCUCCUUCAGCCUUGUCCUUUUUGUGUCGUAAAAUCCGCCGGAGGAGAUCGAGAUACGCAGUUCUUGGUGAGGGUGCCCUGUGCUUUCCCCCCCUCAUUGUGGGUGUGGUGAACGAACGGCGAAGGUGAUUGAGCAAGGAACGCCUUUUUUCAAGUUUCCGUCACGGCCGCCUGCUGUCCACCCCUACACACACAUACGAAGGGCGCCGCCCCCCGCGCCCUCCUCCAGACACCACUCCUCGCAGUCUGACAAGGCAUCAUGGUUGACAUGAGUUACGUCGACGUCUUCCUGAGUCCGUCCACCCGACAGUACAUCAGCAACAACACUAUGAUUGGUUGGCUGUUGCACCAGUUUUCGACAUCAUUCUGGCGUCCAGACAUAUGGCUUCUAGACGGGAUGACGUGGGAAGACAUGCAGCCGUCGGAGAAACUUCGUUACCCGGAGUUCAGUGACGUGUGGGUGUAUCCUCUCCUGUUCAGUGCUGUUUUCAUUUGCCUUCGUUUCUUUUUCGUCGAGCCGUUAGUCCUGAAUCCGCUUGCCAAGUGGGUAGGGAUAAGCCAAGUUCGCCCCAAUCCUCCAGUUCCUAGCAAGUUCCUAGAGGGAGUCUACCAAGCGCAUGGCACGACUCCGCCUGAACCAGUGUUGCAAGAAGCGUCUCGGGAAACCGAUCUGACGAAGAGGCAAGUGGAGCGCUGGCUGAGGCGGAGGAAAGCUCUCAUGAAGCCCACGAAAUGUGAUAAGUUUAUGGACUGUGGCUUCAAUUUCAUCUGCCACAGCGUCUUCUGUGUUUAUGGGUGUCUCAUCAUGUACGGCAAAUCUUGGUUAUGGGAUAUCAAGUUAUGCUGGACAGACUACCCCAACCACGCCAUUGACGACGACGUGUGGUGGUACUAUAUGGUUCUCUUGUCGUAUUUUUGGGCAGAAUCCUUUAUGCUGAUUCCAGCAACGGGACGCAAGCCCUCGGAUAAAGUGCAGACACUCUGUCAUCAUUUCUUCACUGUACUUCUGAUGGUGUUUUCUUGGACGUGCAACUUCGUGCGCGUUGGUACACUGGUGCUGCUAGUCCACGAAUGCGCAGAUAUCCCUCUCCUCGCAGCCAAAAUGCAUGUGUAUGCUGGCAUCAAAGACCGGAUAGAGAUCCUCUUCGGCAUAUUCCUUGUCCUCUGGCUGGUAACUCGCUGUUACCUCUUUCCUUUCUGGAUCAUGCACAGUAUCUUCACGCAUCCUUCUCCUUAUUUAGGCAUGCCAGCUACUUACUUCCUGAAGGCGCUGAUAUGCGGUCUCUUCGUACUAAAUACAAUCUGGACUUACCUGAUCGGCGCCAUACUUGUACGGAAGCUGUGUGGCGGGGCGCUUGAGGACUCGCGCUCGGAUGCCGAAGAGUCGUCAGAUGAGGACGUUUCUAGGAAGACAGACUAAAAUGUUCCUGUUUGUAUCUAUAAUUAUCCUGAAUAUAUGCGUAUAUGUGUGCGUGUGCGCGAGCGUGUGUAUGUGUGUGUGUGUGUGUGUGUGUGUGUAGUUUUGAUCAUUCGUGUAAGAAUAAAUGAGAAUUGUGAAGUCUCAUAAUGAUAUGAUAUUGUGUCAGAAUUGUAUUUGUUAAUAUUUAAUGUUCCAGGAGUUUAUGCCACAUGCAUUCAUAUGUGUUUUUUCUGUACAAAUUGAUAUUCUCAAAUUAAUGAAGAUAAAAUAGUUUUUAUAAUCAUAUAUGAUUAUAUAUGAUUAGUAUUUCAGCUUUGGUAAAAAUACAAACAACACUCCAAAUUAUAGUUAACUGAAUGUAAAAGAAUGAAAACCUAAGCAAGUUAAUAUUCUCUUAUAUAUCACAUUGUGCUCAGGCAGCAUUAAGGCCCUAUCACACAGAGGUUAAAUCCUGGACGCCGGUUACGAGGCAUUCCCUCAUCUCGGGGCUGAGAAGGACGGCCCAGAGCCUUGUAUCCUAAGCAGCUUCACGAGAUUAGGAAAAUGGCUUCUGUUGCUUUUCCGUCAGCCCCCAGAUACCCCUUGCUUCCUCUUCUGAAGCACCAGCAAGUACGCCCACUUCUACCUCAGCCGCCAUCUUUGUUGUUUUUGUACAGGCUCUAUUUUAGGUUAAUCCCCAGGUUGUUGGUCGCCAGUAGGGCUAUUGGGAAUUUAAGAAAUAACUGACAAGCUGCCAAUCGUUUUUCCUACUUCUAUCUCAUUUUUCUUCUUUUUCUUCUUCUCCCUCACUUAUUCAGAAACAAAUUCACUAAUAUUCACCUAUUUUUAAAGUAAAUCUAGCUCAAUGCCGACACAUGAGAAUGUAAAAACCUUCCUUAAGCAACGGGCAGAAAUAUAUAUUAAGUAGCAUUUCCAUUUGUUAAUUGAUAUGGCAUCUAUAACAUCUAUGUAGAUGUACCUUACGAUAACAGUUUUUACAGUGUAACAGCACCAUAUCUAAAUCUCGUAUUAUCUUUUUAUUUCCCUUGUCAGUCAAUGUACCAUAAAACAGAUUACUCUCUCGCUGUUACACACUCUCAUUUCACAUAGGCUUCUUCUACAGCCUAAUUGAAACACACAUGAUGAAGACAUACUGUAGAAUGCGAGCCUUUAGAAAGGAGGCCCGAAUGAUGAAAAUCCUGGAUAGUCACUUCGAGAUAAAAUAUGGGAGCCAAUCGUUGUUGUUGCAUAUCUGUGUUCCCAGUUUCUACGCUUCCCAGUCAUCUUAUCUUUACCUUCACUUUUACCAUACUUCCCAUUGCUCUACCUGAUUUAACUUUACCUUACCUUACCUCGCCUUGCCUUAGACUGGGUAACAUAGAAUAAACCCCGUCCAUCUUAAUUACGAAAUAUACCCAAUAUUCGCUUGGGUAAGUGGAGUAGCAAAUAACCUCCCUACACACAGAUGGCUCUACAAGUGCUUAGUCACCAAGGAAUCAGUUAUUAGUCCUACCUAUCUCACCUGUUUACCCUUUUCCUCGACUUUUGGAAAAGGUCUUUUGCAUUAUAUCAUUACCUUAAAUGUUAUUCAGAUUUUAAUAACAAUUUGAUAUCAAUAUUAUCAAUAAUAAUAAUAACAGUAUCGAUGUCAACUGUAUUAAAAAAAAAAAAUAACUCCCGCCAAUUCAAGGAAUGGGGAAAUCAGGAUCGGUAACUAGGGCCUUCUGAUUGACUCCUUGCCGGCUGAGCACGUGGAGCCAUCUGUAUGUAACAACAUUCACAAAAAAUGGAGGAGACAGAACAUAAAUCCGGGGAGAAUGUGUUAAUAUAUUAUGUAUAUUAUGUAUUAUAUAUAUAAUAUAUAUAAUGUAUAAUUUUUAUAUAAUGAAUAUAUAUAUAUAUUUAUAUAUAUAUUAUUUACGUAUGUGUUUAUUGAUAAGAACGAUAUGCCUAUGCAUUUUGUCUUUAGACUAGCCAUGCUUACAAGAAAUUUAGAAUUGUCUUGAUGAUUUAUUGUUUAACUUUUUUGUAUUCUGUAGUUAUCAUUAUUUAUUAUUGUAGUUGUUUUUCACACACCCAUUCGGGUCACAUGACUCACAUUCUAGUCAUAUGUUGAUGUUUGUGAUUUCUUUGCAAAUAAAUUAUAUUUUCCAUUA